AUAAUAAUCCUGUUUUAUACGAUCGAGAGAACGUCGGUCACUUUUUUUUUGAUAUUUUUCCAUUUUGUAAAUACCUAUUCGACAUAGAGAACCAAUGUUUCUAACAAUAAACAGUAUCAUUUUGGUGUAUUAGUAUCACGAGACAUCGUCUGCGUUCAGUCUAUCGUAAAGAAAUAUAUAAUUAGAUGCACUAAAUUGUGUAUAAAAUUACAUUAAUUACGAGUGACUGUGUGGAUUUCAUAUAUAGAUAACAAAUAACAUUGACGAAUAAUAUUUAUUUAAGUAUAGAGUUAAAUGAUUAGCACACGUGUGUCAUAACAUUGGAUAAACUAAGUGUAGUUAACUUGACGUUGAGGCAUAAAAUUCAGUUGUUAACUGAACAGUGUAAUAAAGAGAAGAAUUCAUUAUUACAAAGAAAACGUUAAAGAUUGAAUAUAAAUUAUUCCAAAUUCAUAUCGUAGUGUGAACUUGAAGUGUUCGGUGUUCGCCUAAAUCGAAUCAUGUCAAGUAGAGGUGUCACUACUUUAGAAAACGAUUUUUUUCUCUGUCCAAGGAUACCAAAUUUUCUUAUAGAUCCUGAGGAUGAAGGAAGUGAGAGUCCAGUUUUUGGUCUGGAAGGUGGAACAGGUACAGGUGGUGGGACUUCCUUGAGACUCGCAUCGCAUGAAUUGCCUAAUGAAAUUUCUGCUCCAUACGAAGUUCCACAAUUUCCAAUUGAACAAAUUGAGAAAAAGCUUUUGAUACAAAGACAAUUAACCGUCAAAGCUGCCAAGGAUUUAGAAGAACGUCGUAGCCAUUAUGAACCAUCACUCGGACCUGGUAUACCAGAUGAUGUCGAUCAUCACUUUAAUCUCGAAGAAAAUGAUUUUGUCCCACACUUUCAGAGGGUAUCCAUAUCUGGUGAAGAUACUUCCGGGGUACCUUUGGAAGAUUUACAGCAAGCGUCCCAGAUGUUGGUUCAAGCAUUGGCAAUACGUGAAAAAUACAUGAAUAAUUCUAAACAGAGUUUUCCUUCUAUAACAUCACGGUUUUUACGCAGCAUCGAUAAAAGACCAGUGAGCAGUGACGAUGAAGUUCAACAUGAUGAUCGUAAAGCUAUCGCUGAUCAUCCUGUACAUGCACCUGCAUCUCGAGGAGAUCCAUGGAAAUGUGAAUUUCCUCCAGCAAAGAAUUAUAUAAUUGCUCCUGUCAAUGGUGUUUUUAAUGUAUAUGCAAACGAAGAAGAUUUCACCGAUGGAAAGCCAAUUCUUUAUUCAUAUCCUGAUUUAGCAACUUUUGUCAGGGAUAUGAAUCUUCUUUGUACAAUGAUCGCUGAUGGUCCAUUAAAAUCCUUUUGCUACAGAAGACUGAGUUAUCUUUCAUCAAAAUACCAACUACAUGUAUUAUUGAAUGAGCUUAGAGAACUUGCCAGUCAAAAAGCAGUUCCUCAUAGAGAUUUCUACAAUAUCAGAAAGGUUGAUACACAUAUUCAUGCAGCAUCUUGUAUGAAUCAAAAACAUCUGCUUAGAUUUAUUAAGAAAACCUUAAAAAAUCAUGCAGAUGAAAUUGUAACAUGUUCUAAAAAUAAAGAGACAAUGACCCUUCGCGAAGUAUUUCAAUCAAUGAAUUUAACAACUUAUGAUCUUAGUGUUGAUAUGUUGGAUGUACAUGCAGAUAGAAAUACAUUUCAUAGAUUUGAUAAAUUCAAUGCUAAAUAUAAUCCUAUCGGUGAAAGUCGUCUCCGUGAAGUAUUUCUUAAAACGGAUAAUUAUCUAAAUGGUAAAUUUUUCGCAAGUAUAAUUAAAGAAGUUGCCAGUGAUCUCGAAGAAUCGAAAUAUCAAAAUGCGGAGUUACGUCUUUCGAUUUAUGGUAAAAGUCCGGAAGAAUGGGACAAAUUAGCAAAAUGGGCAAUUCAAAGUGAUGUAUAUUCGGAUAAUGUACGCUGGCUUAUUCAAAUUCCACGACUUUAUGAUAUUUUUAAAUUGAACAAAUUGAUGACAAACUUCCAAGAGAUAUUAAACAAUAUCUUUCUUCCUCUUUUUGAAGUAACAAAUGACUCUAAUUCUCAUCCAGAAUUACAUAAAUUCCUUCAAUAUGUAAUAGGAUUUGAUUCCGUUGAUGACGAAAGUAAACCCGAAAAUCCUUUAUUUGACAAAGACGUUUGUCCUCCUGCAGAAUGGGAUGAUGUUGAAAAUCCUCCUUACGGAUAUUAUCAAUACUAUACUUAUGCAAACAUGACUGUUCUAAAUCAUUUCAGAGCAGAACAAGGUUUAAAUACCUUUGUUCUUAGACCUCAUUGUGGUGAAGCUGGUCCUAUUCAACAUCUUGUCUGUGGUUAUAUGAUGGCAGAAAAUAUCUCUCAUGGUCUUUUACUUCGAAAAGUGCCUGUACUACAAUAUUUAUAUUAUUUGGCGCAAAUUGGGAUUGCAAUGUCACCUCUUAGUAAUAAUUCUCUUUUUUUAAAUUAUCAUCGUAAUCCAUUACCUGAAUAUUUAGCUAGAGGAUUAUGUAUAAGUCUUUCUACAGACGAUCCUCUUCAAUUUCAUUUUACUAAGGAACCUUUAAUGGAAGAAUAUAGUAUUGCUGCACAAGUAUGGAAACUUAGUUCAUGCGAUAUGUGUGAACUAGCCCGAAAUUCAGUACUUAUGAGUGGUUUUCCACACAAGAGUAAACAAUACUGGCUUGGGCCAAAUUAUACUAAAGAGGGUGUGGCUGGUAAUGAUAUUACUCGAACAAAUGUACCAGAUAUUCGAGUGGCCUAUCGAUAUGAAACAUUAGUCGAUGAAUUAUCGAAUAUCUUUAAAGUUGUUGAAAAACCUGAAGCCGUUCCAUUUUAAUCUUUAGCGAUAGUACAAAAAAAAACCUUAAACGUAAUAUAAUUAUUCUCUAUAAUUACAAAUAGUAUCAAUAAAAUUCGAUAAAACUGCGAUAAAAACUAUUUGUAAGAAUCUUGUAAUGUAAAUGAUUAUAUAAUUUAUGCUAAUAAUCAUUGUUAACUUUCGAUAACUCCUUUUUAAAAUAUUUCUUUUAUUAAUUAUAUUAAUUGUAAAAUUACAAAUUAUCUUAUUUAGAUUUCAUUCGAUACUUUUACAUUAUAUAUUAUAAUGAUAAUUGUUUUAUAUUUAAUAAUUGAAAUUUUUAUAUUUUUUUCUUUAAAAUAUUUUAACUAUAUAAUGACGAUAUUUUUAAAAGAAAAAAAUUAAGUUAUAGGAAAAUGUCUUUCACUCAGGUUGCAGAAUUUUACUAUGAAAUAACGAAAAAUUAAUCUCAAAUUUCUCAUAUUGACCAAUUUAAGAAUAGUAAAUAUUAGAUAAAAUUCCAAUUUCAAGUGUUAUUAUAUAUAAUUGCAUAUUAUUAUAUAAAUUAAAUUAGAAUUGAAUAUAUAUUAAUUUUAUUAAAAAAAAAGAAAGAAAGAAAGAAAAAAAGAAAAAAUGUAAAGUACCAUAAAACCGCAAUUCAUUUUUCAUGCUUUAGUCAUUAGAAAAAUAUUAGUUCAAUUUUUUGAAUCCUAGUGUUAUUUUCUUACCUUUUUGUACAUUUAUACAGAAAUUGUAUAUGUUAUGUUUUUAAAAAGUGUGUUUAACUUAAAUACAAAUAGUUUUCUUAUAAAUUAUAUUUCAUAUAUGAAUAUUUAUAUAAUUUUUAUUAUUUUUAUUAUUAAAUUUGAAGGCAUUAAAUUUAGUACUAUUCGUAAAAUAAUUCGUAUAAAUGGUAAUUCAAAAUUAAUUUUGAUUUAUCAACCAUUAUUUGAAAUCAAUUUGAAAUCAUAAAUUUUUUUUGGUUUUUAAUACAACUUUGUGAUUAAUAAGCUUUUAUUGGCAAAUGUAUGAUAAUAUAUAAAUAUCCGUAAUGAAAUUUAAUCUUAAAUGUAAAUUGUUGCUAGAUAAAAAAAAUGUAUGUAUUGUAUAAAGUAUAUCUUAUAAAAUAAAAAUAUACUUGUAUUGUUAAAAUAA